GGGACGAGGGAUUGAGAAGAGAGCAGGACUGGGCGAUAAACUUGAAAGCAGGUCAGGAAAUGAGCACUACCUUGUCCCUGUGCACAGGGGCGAUAGAGGGAGCGAGGGGAGAGUAGGGAUCGGAAAUGUAAAAGAAGCAGCAAAAUUUCCCCAACUGAGUCCCCUCUCGUUUUGUGCAAACUAGAGAUAGAAGCACGUUCUUUGUGUGUGUGUUUGUGUGUGUGUGUGUGUGUGUGUGAGAGAGAGAGAGAGAGAGAGAGAGAGAGAUUUCAUCGUAGUCCUGAUGAGUUGGUGAGAGACUGACGGAAGGUCAAAGAAGAGAGAGAGAGAGAGAGAGAGAGAGAGAGAGAGAGAGAGAGAGAGAGAGAGAGAGAGAGAGAGAGAGAGAUUUCAUCGUAGUCCUGACGAGUUGGUGAGAGACUGACGGAAGUCUUUGACCGCUUUUCGUUUGUGUAUCUGAGGAGACAUAUACACGUGUCCACAGACACGCAUCUCUUCACGCACAGACACAGACAGACACAGACACAGACACAGACACACCGGCAUCCGACCAUAUUUGUAGAUAAUGGUGGUGUUUCUGGUUCAUCGGCCCGAGGUCCAUUGCCCAGUCCGCAAGGUUACGUACUUGUCUUUUGUCGUCGUCGUGACGUUACUCUUCCUGCUGUCAUGGCCGAGAAUCGCCCCUUGCGCUGGGGGUAACGGAAGAGUAACUGAUGUCUUGAACCUGGAGGCGUCGUCGUCGUCGUCGUCGGCGGCGGCGGUAUCGUUCUCGCCGCCACCGCCGCUGAAGAACGACAAUGAGAGAGGGACCGUUCCGUUACAUCCCGUCCGCGUAGUCAGAGCUGGGGAUGAUAGGGAGGAGAGGAGGUCGAUAGGAGGAGGAGGAGGAGGAGGAGAAAAAAAGGAAUUAAGGGUGGAGGAUAGUAAGGAUAGUGCAGUUGUAGAGGGUGACAAUGUCAACGUUUGUUGCACCUCACCCGUCUCUCCGGUCCGCGUUUAUGUGUACGAUUUGCCCGCUCGUGUUGAGAUGCCCUUAAAUAUCUCUGUGUAUAAUGAUUCUCGCAAUAAUCGGCUUUACAUUCAUUCUCUGGAGUAUUGGAUGCUGACGGAUCUUCGUCUUCGACGAGAAGCCGAAGAGGAGCGGCAGCUCGGCGAUUCCAGCUUGUCGAGGUCCUAUGUCCCUGGCCCGGUGAGACAGGUUUAUGAUCCGGCGGAGGCCGACCUGUUCUUGGUUCCCUUCUUAGGGUCACAAUCUCGGGAGCUAUGUUGCAAUCUUCACUUCAAGGACAACUUGAAAGUGUGCGACAGCUUGCACGACACUGAUCGACAGAAGGCGCUCCGCGAAUGGAUGGUGCAACAGGAGCCUUGGAUUCGAUCUGGAGGAUUUGAUCACAUCUUCAUGACUUCUCAUCCUCUGGCUAUGGCGGACGUUCGGCACAGUCUGCAUAAUGCCAUAUAUCUCUCCGUCGAUUUCGGCUUUUUCUGCUCUGAGGAAGUCAAUCUAGACAAGGACGUGGUCGUUCCGUACAACCCCGUGGUGCCUGGAAUACCGCAGGACGAGCUGACGAUGGCCUCAGAGAGAGCGGAGGAGAAGAGGACCUCUCUGCUCUACUUUCGCGGAGAGCAGCAUCGCGAGUACGGUGGGGCGAUCCGGUCGAAGCUGUGGGACGUGCUGAAUGGGGAGGACGGCGUGGACUGGGAGGGCACCUCCCACGACGCCGCCAGUGUGCCCGAAGACGCUCUCAUUGAGUCCGCGAGCGAGAUGAGGAGAUCUCAUUUCUGUCUGAACCCCGCGGGCGACACGCCGUCUUCCGCUCGGCUGUGGGAUUCGCUGAUCAAUCUCUGCAUUCCCGUGGUUGUCAGCGACUUCAUCGAGUUCCCUUUCGAGAGCUGGUUGAAUUGGACGCGGUUUUGCAUCGUGGUGGAGUCGUCGCAAGCCAUUCGACCAGGGUAUAUAAUGGCGCUGCUGAGAGGAAUAACGGAGGAGGAGAGGAGAGAGAUGAGGAGAGAAAUCGUGAGAGUGUUGCCCUACUUCGACUACAAACCGAGACUAGACGACCCUUCCAUGGGAGCGCUGAACAAUAUUUGGAAGGAGAUCGCCUGGAAGCUGCCACGUGUCAGACUAGCAGUUCGUCGCUAUGCCAGACACGCGCCGCGAAAGACUUUCACAAAGGAUUACCUUCCGGAGGGAACGCCUCCCAGGCCUUGUCGGUCUACUCUGAGGCGGGAUGGGCAAUUCUGGUCUUUGUCUCCUCCUCCUCCUCCUCCUCCUCCUCCUGCUUUACCUGCUCGCAACGAUCGUCAAUCCUCGACCCCGGUUGCGCUGCUUUGCGCAUGUGACGCGGACGCUGCGCUGCUUUGCGCAUGUGACGCGGACGAGCAAGAGGGAGAGGAAAUAGUGAAAGAGGAAGAGGAAGAGGAAGAGGAAGAGGAGGAGCUCGACUCAGGAGAGAGAGGUGGUGGUCCCCACUCCGCUGGAGGAUGACCGGAAGAAUCGUCUUCAGGCAGGGCAUACUAAGUAAUAAAAGGCCAAGCACGCGUGCAUGCUCACAGGCACGACAGCUUUACGGCCAUCCUAAGAGCUUUUUGAGAUCUCCAACGGUCUAUCCGAUCCGACCUCCCAGGCAAGUUUCUUUUACUACGGCAAAUCCCAGUUGGGUAAGUCCCCCACAACUUUCUUUUACUACGGUAAAGCCAAGUUGGUACACAAUCCUGAACUGAACUGAACUGUGGAAAUACAGAAGCGGAUGAGUAAAAUUUGUAUACAUAG